UACGGUUAACUGUGCCAAAGGAGAAGUGCAUAACCAGUCUAAAGUCCAUCAAAAGCAGCUCCGCAUAUAGAUCAGAGGGAUUUCACAACAUAGCAGACUGCUACGUUAAACCAAGAUGGUGAUUAUGUCUGGAACAUACACGCUGGGGAUCAUAUGUCUGGUCCUUCUGAUUGUUCUGUUGGCCUGCAUCAUGUACCAUCCACUGAAGAAAUACUUUCAGGACUGGAACGAUUUGAGGCCAAUCCCUGGAGUGGAUGGAGCUUAUCCAAUCAUUGGGAAUGCACUUCUGUUCAGCACUAAUGCAGGAGAUUUCUUCAACCAGAUUAUUGAAGGCACUAAGGAGUUCAGACAUUUACCAUUGCUGAAGGUUUGGGUUGGACCCCUGCCAUUGGUGGUCUUGUUUCAUGCAGAGACUGUGGAGGGGAUUCUGCACAGUUCCAAACACAUAGACAAGGCCUAUUUCUAUAGGUUUAUGCAGCCUUGGCUUGGGACUGGCCUGCUCACCAGCACAGGGGAUAAGUGGCGUGGCAGAAGGAAGAUGUUGACCCCGACAUUCCAUUUCUCCAUCUUGGCUGAGUUUCUGGAGGUGAUGAAUGAGCAGGCUGAGGUUUUAACACAGAAACUGGAGAAGCAGGCUGGAGGAGAUCCAUUCAACUGUUUUAGCUACAUCACACUCUGUGCUUUGGACAUUAUUUGUGAAACGGCAAUGGGAAAGAACAUCUACGCACAAAGUAACAGCGAGUCUGAGUACGAUUUACUGAGCUUUCUUUACAGAAUGAGUGACAUCAUCGGACGUCGCCAGAGAGCUCCCUGGUAUUGGCCAGACUUCAUCUACAGUCUGUUAUGGGAGGGGAAGGACCAUGACAAUAGACUGAGGAUCCUCCAUUCAUUCACUCAGAGUGUGAUCAAGGAGAGAGCAGAAAGCAUGGAGAAUGCAGGUUCUGACAGUGAAUCUGACCAUGGCAUCAAAAGGAGAAGACUUGCCUUCCUGGACAUGCUGUUAAAAGCCACUGAUGACGAGGGAAAUUACUUGAGCCAUAGUGAUAUCCAAGAGGAGGUGGACACCUUUAUGUUUGAGGGCCAUGACACCACAGCAGCCUCUAUGAACUGGGCCCUUCACCUACUGGGAUCCUACCCUGAGGUCCAGACCAAGGUCCAGGAGGAGCUCCAUGUGGUGUUUGGUUCCUCCAACCGUUCCGUCACCGUCGAUGACCUGAAGAGGUUACGUUACCUUGAAUGCGUCAUCAAGGAGACCCUUCGCCUCUUCCCCGCCGUGCCCAUGUUCGCACGCACCGUAAGCGACGACUGUCACAUCAAUGGCUUUAAAAUUCCUAAAGGAGUGAAUGCCCUGAUCAUUCCCUUCGCCCUGCACCGUGAUCCACGAUACUUCCCGGAUCCCGAGGAGUUCCGGCCAGAGCGUUUCCUGAUAGAGAACAGCACAGGACGACAUCCCUACGCAUACAUCCCCUUCUCCGCUGGACCCAGGAACUGCAUCGGCCAGCGGUUUGCCAUGAUGGAGGAGAAGGUGGUGCUGUCUUCGGUGUUGCGUCACUUCUCCGUGCGGGCCUGCCAGAGCCGAGAGGAGCUGAGACCUCUGGGUGACCUCAUACUCCGACCAGAGAAGGGUAUUUGGAUUACGCUAGAGAAGAGAUGCUAGUCUCCCCCGGCAAACAGCUCUACUAUAAUACUAUGGUACUUUGUCAUGCUAGAGAAGAGAUGCUAGUCUCCUCCGGCAAACAGCUCUACUAUAAUACUAUGGUACUUUGUCAUGCUAGAGAAGAGAUGCUAGUCUCCCCCGGCAAACAGCUCUACUAUAAUACUAUGGUACUUUGUCAUGCUAGAGAAGAGAUGCUAGUCUCCCCGGCAAACAGCUCUACUAUAAUACUAUGGUACUUUGUCAUGCUAGAGAAGAGAUGCUAGUCUCCCCGGCAAACAGCUCUACUAUAAUACUAUGGUACUUUGUCAUGCUAGAGAAGAGAUGCUAGUCUCCUCCGGCAAACAGCUCUACUAUAAUACUAUGGUACUUUGUCAUGCUAGAGAAGAGAUGCUAGUCUCCCCCGGCAAACAGCUCUACUAUAAUACUAUGGUACUUUGUCAUGCUAGAGAAGAGAUGCUAGUCUCCUCCGGCAAACAGCUCUACUAUAAUACUAUGGUACUUUGUCAUGCUAGAGAAGAGAUGCUAGUCUCCUCCGGCAAACAGCUCUACUAUAAUACUAUGGUACUUUGUCAUGCUAGAGAAGAGAUGCUAGUCUCCCCCGGCAAACAGCUCUACUAUAAUACUAUGGUACUUUGUCAUGCUAGAGAAGAGAUGCUAGUCUCCCCCGGCAAACAGCUCUACUAUAAUACUAUGGUACUUUGUCAUGCUAGAGAAGAGAUGCUAGUCUCCUCCGGCAAACAGCUCUACUAUAAUACUAUGGUACUUUGUCAUGCUAGAGAAGAGAUGCUAGUCUCCUCCGGCAAACAGCUCUACUAUAAUACUAUGGUACUUUGUCAUGCUAGAGAAGAGAUGCUAGUCUCCUCCGGCAAACAGCUCUACUAUAAUACUAUGGUACUUUGUCAUGCUAGAGAAGAGAUGCUAGUCUCCUCCGGCAAACAGCUCUACUAUAAUACUAUGGUACUUUGUCAUGUCGUAAUACAUUGUUUUGUUGUAGCCUCUUUCUCAAUCUUGUGUCUAUAUUAUAGCAAGUGUUUUUUUAAUAAAUACAAAUUAUGUAUGAAGGUUAAAUUAUUUUCUUUAGUUGAAUAAAGUAAAACAAAGGGAUUCUGGUUGGAUAAAUAUAUUUGCUAAAUCAGUGUUUCUGACCUAAUGAUUCAGCUCCAGUGGCGACCCUUAAUUCAGGGCAGGUGUGGCAGAGCCCCGUUCGUUCAGCAAAAAUUAAAAAGUGCCUGUUAUUUUGGCUUUAAUAUGUAUCACAUCAGUUUGCAAACAAUGUAAAAAAAAAAAAAAAUCAUAAUUGAGUUAAUAAAGCCGCUUACAAACAUGG